AGUACAGAGGCUCCCUUGUUAGUUUUGUUCACGUCGAAUCAACACAAAUCCGAAGGAAACUGAUAGCCUUGGAGAGAGGCUCUCCGAAGCGGACGCAGUGCGUGAGACGCAGAGGGGAGAGGACUUUGCGAGUUGGCUGCAGACGCUACAGGUGUUUGUUAACUUCGUCAGAUAAAAAGUGGGAGGAGAGGGUCGAUAUCCAGAGAGGGAAAAAAAGACAGUGAAAAGAAAAGUAAUUUAAACGGAAACAGAACAAAAGGGACACAUCAAGUGUCAAAGGACCGAAGGGUGGGACGGCUAGUUUGUCAGAUGGUUUAAAAGGGAAAGGAAGACGCCAGAUCUUCCUGGAAGUUCAGACUGCGCGAAGUCGCGGGUCUGCAGGGAAUGUCGGGGGAGCGAACUUCACUGGAGUGAAGACACGGACAAUGCAAUGGAUACCCACUAGGACUAAUCUCGUCGUGUGCGUACUGCUCUCCAAAAGUCUUCUUCCCAGUCCCGUGAUUAGUCAAGCAUAUAACCACUAACUUCUAAUGGAGCGCUGGAUUGCACUCACCUUUAUGCUGGUCGGUGUGUUGCCGAGGCCGACCGAUACUCAAAACACCAUACCUGAAACAGUGUUGAACUGCUGCGAAGGGGACGUCCUGUUCCUCCUGGACUCGUCGGGCAGCGUCUCGUCCUUCGAGUUCCACCGCAUGCUCAGGUUCCUGUCCGAGCUGCUGCGGCCCUUCUCCCUGGGGCCCGGCCAGGUGAGGGUGGGGCUGCUGCAGGUGGGAACGGAGCCGCGCCUGGAGUUCGGGUUCGGGGCCCACAGCACUCAGAGGAGCCUGCAGGGGGCGCUGCAGGCGACCGUGCAGCUGCAGGGGGACACCAACACCGCGGCCGCUCUGAGGCUGGCCCAGGAGCAGGUGCUGGUGCCGGGCGGGCCCGGCGGCGCCAGGGCGGGGCUCCCCAGGGUGCUCGUGUGGCUGACCGACGGGGUGCAGCCCGGCGCAGUGGAGGGGCCCAUGGCUGACCUCCGGGAAGAGGGCGUGGCCGUCCUGGCGGUCUCCACGGGGCACGCAAACUAUCAGGUGCUCCGGCGGGUGGUGACCCCACCCUCUGACUCUCACCUGUACUUUGUGGACAUCGAAGACAUUAGCCUCAUCACCAAGGAUCUGAGGGAUGCUAUCAUCGAGCUGAUCCGGGCGGAGCGGCUGCAGGUGCGAGACGUGACCUCCAACAGCGCGGUCCUCCAGUGGCGGCCCGUCCUGAGCGGGGGCACGGGCUACUACGAUAUUCGGUACGGCCCGCAUGCGACGGGAGGGGGAGGAGGAGGGGGAGGAGGAGGGCACGGCACCAGCACCAGCACCAGCGGCGGUCACUUCGGCCGGAUCACCCGCCCGGGCGACGCCACCUCGGCCGUCCUGAGGAGCCUGCAGCAGGACACCACGUACACGGCCACGCUCACGCCAGAGUCCAACGUGGACUUCCUGAAGCCGCUGUCCGUCACCUUCAGGACUCUGCCCGAGGUGCUGAGCCCCACGGUAGUCACGGUAUCAGAGUCGAGGACUAACAGCGUGAGAGUCAGCUGGGGGCCCCUGCAGCCGAAUUCGGUGCAGAGGUACCAGGUCGAGUACAGCCCUCUGCCGAGGGGGGAGGUUCAGAUCGUCACGGCGGAUCCGUACAAGAACUCCACGCUCCUCACCCAACUGCGGCCCGACACGCAGUACCUGGUCACCGUCAGCGCACUGCACUCCUCUGGCCAGGAGAGGGCGAUGUCCGUCAAGGUGUGCACUCAAGAAGAGCUCCCCGCCCUGAAGGAUCUGGAGCUGACGACAGUCGGAAGCGACUCCGUCCAGGUCCGUUGGAGGGGUGGCGGUGCGGAGAGUUUACGGGGUUACUGGGUGAGCUGGGAGGGGGGCGGUGGCUCCUCAGGCCACACCUCCUCCCUCUACCUGCCCCCCAGCUCCCUCUCCACGCUGCUCACCCACCUGGCCCCCGGCAGCCGCGUCUGCGUGUCGCCCGUAUACAGAACAGCGCGCGGGGAAGGACUCUGCUGCACCGCGCACACUUACGCAGCAGCCGAACCCUGGGGCCAUGGAUUAUACAGCUAUGCUUGACCGCACUGAAGCCGGUCUGCUGGAGGCGCCGUAGGAUAGUGAGCAGGCGGAGGAGGGGAGACCAGGGGAAACUGAAAUCGAACUAGAAGAUGGGCCUCCCUCUCCUCACUGCAGAACACGCACCCCCACACCCACCUCUACCGUCACCUCAUCACCCCCC